GUCGUAAAGAUAAUGUUUUGGUGAAGCUCUGUGACCACUGGUGUCCUCUACGCUUAACUGCAUUAACCCAGUUUAUACAUUCCCAUAGAUAAUUUCCUCUGCGAACCACCACAAUCCGAAGUCAUGGCAGGUACUUUGGCACGUAAAGCUGUUGACCACCUUAAAAGCAAGGAGUUCAGAGACUAUUUGAUGAGGUAAAACACAUUUGGAAGAUCUGGAAGAUAGCUAGCUAACGAGAUUAAUUUUACUGUAGCGACUAGCAAGCAAGUUUGCUAACAGUAGACAGCUAACGUUAGCUAAAUUAAUGAUCAAACAAAGCGAGCUAGCUAUUUGUAAAUUCGUGUGCACAUCUGCAGGUAGUCUAACGUUACUACAGUUAACGUUUGUUUGUGCAAAUGUUUCUAACGGCGUGUCCUGCUUGAAGGACGUUUGGCUUGAAUGUUGUUGCUACCACCGAAGCUAACUAACUGUUAGAUGUCAAACUAGCCUACUGCUGUGUUUGCUAAUGUGUUACCGGUGAUGUGAGACCUAUGAGUAUUAUUAGUUAGCCCAGGCAGGAUGUGAGGUGUUGAUUGUUUUUCAUAAGGUAUAUGCAUAUCCCUCUAACCAAACUCAUUUUGUGUUAUCUCUGUCAUCUUGGUGUCCUCAUGGGAUCUUUCAAAAUAAGCACACACUUCUGGGGACCUGUGGCCAACUGGGGUCUGCCCAUUGCUGCCAUCAGUGACAUGAAGAAAAGCCCUGAGAUUAUCAGUGGCAGAAUGACCUUUGCUUUGACCUGCUAUUCCCUCCUGUUUAUGAGGUUUGCAUACAAAGUUCAGCCAAGGAAUUGGCUCCUCUUUGGUUGCCAUCUAACCAAUGAGACCGCCCAGCUCAUUCAAGGAUCACGACUUAUCAAAUACAACAUGGAGAAGAAGUCUUCUUAGUGAUGGACAAAUGCUAAAUAUAUAGUUUCAUUAGGAAAUCGGCAUGGUUUGACCCUAUGGUUUUUGACCAUGUUUAUCUCAUUGCAUACCUAUGUAAAACUCUUAACUUUAAAAAAAAUGUUAAUUUAGAUUAAACUGCUGUUGACGAUCACCAUGCCUGUUUCUUCCGGUAUAUAAGGUCAAUGAAUAGAUUUGUUUUGCAUAAUGUUUUUUACGCACAAACAAAUUAAAUGGAAUGGAAUCUAGUGAGGCCCUGUUACCGAUGGGAUUCUUUUAAAGAGAGGGUCUAUUACACAAAUAUUUACUGUUAUGUUAGCAAUACGGGGCGGCAGGGUAGCCUAGUGGUUAGAGCGUUGGACUAGUAACCGGAAGGUUGCAAGUUCGAAUCCCCGAGCUGACAAGGUCGUUCUGCCCCGAACAGGCAGUUAACCCACUGUUCCUAGGCUGUCAUUGAAAAUAAGAAUUUGUUCUUAACUGACUUGCCUAGUAAAAUAAAGGUAAAAUUAAAAAAAUACCAAUAACACAAUCUUUAUCAGAAUGUACAGGCAAUAAAAGUUGUACUCUGGUGUGUUGCCAUGGAAACAUUAUUCCUGAAUAUAAUGAAUCUAUCUAUGUACCAUGAAUUAAACUUCCUCUUACACUGACCAUAAUUUAUAAUAAACUGUCUGAUAUCCAUGAA